AUGAUUUCCUACAAAUCUUUAUAUAGAAUUGCAAAAUUCAAUCAACUCAAAGAUUAUUAUGCUAUUCUUAACAUCUCUAAAACCAAUGAUCAAUCAGCAAUUAAAAAAGCUUACUAUGCUCUUGCUAAGAAAUUUCACCCAGAUGUUAACCAAGGCAAAGAGGAUAAAUUUAAAGAAGUUAAUGAAGCUUAUGAGGUUAAUACUACUCUAUUCUUAGGUAUUGUCAGAUGAAAAUACAAAAAAAGAAUAUGAUGAAGCUAGAACACCGAAGUCUUAAAAUAAUUAUAGUUAGACCUAUUCAUAGCAAUAGUAUUACGAUUAGAGAAAAUAUUAAUCAAAUUCUCAGCAAAGAUAAACUUAAAAUUAAUAGUAAUCUUAAUCCUUGAUUCAUUAGUCAAAAUUAAUAUACUAGAAAUCAAUUUGAAGAAGCCAUGAGAAGGGCUUAAGAACAUCUCAAUUAAUAAUAGUAGUAGAGACAACACGAGAGAAUGAGGGCUUAGUAAGAGUAUGAAGAGAGGAUCAGAGAGGAAGAAAUUUAUGCAAGAGCAAAGGAAUAAUAAUAUAAGGAAUUUGCAUAAAGAUAUUAUAAUGAGGCAAAAAGAAAAACAUUCUAUUCUAAAGAAGAAAAAGAAGCCUAUGAAUAAUUUGUAAGAUAAAGAGAGUUUGAAGAGUCUAUGAAGGAAAAGAUUGUAUUGAAACUAUUUAUGCUUAGCAAGACUUUAAAGAAAAAGGGCAAUAAGUUAUGAAUGGAUUUUCAAACAUCUCCAAAAAUUUAGGUGAUAUUAAAAGCAAUUUAGGUUCCAUUUGGAAUACUAUCAAAGGAAAAAAUAGAUGA